CCCGUCAAAACCACCACUGAGAUUACAUUACUAAUUGUUUUUUUUAAUUUUGAUAACCAAGACAGUCGGAAAGAGAUCAAAUCCGAAAGAGACGAAGAAAAUGUCGCCGCAGCAACACCACAACCACAAGGCAGGCCUUCCAAAGCGGAUAAUCCUGAUGCGCCACGGCGAGUCUCAGGGCAACCUCGACGGCGCCGCCUACACCACCACCCCCGACUACCGGAUCCCCCUCACCGACAACGGCCUCGCCCAGGCGAGUUCCGCUGGCGCCCGCCUCCGCGACGUCGUCUCCGGCGGCGGAUGUGCCAAGUCGUGGCGCGUUUACUUCUACGUGUCGCCUUACGAGCGCACACGCUCCACGCUCCGGGAGGUCGGGAAAUCCUUCUCGAAGAGGCGCGUGAUUGGCGUGCGGGAGGAGUGUCGGAUAAGGGAACAGGACUUCGGGAACUUCCAGGUUGAGGACACAAUGAAGGCCACCAAGCAGACCAGAGAGAGGUUCGGAAGAUUCUUCUACCGUUUCCCCGAGGGCGAAUCGGCUGCCGACAUUUUCGAUCGCGUUUCGAGUUUUCUUGAAUCUUUGUGGAGGGACAUAGACAUGAAUAGGCUUCACCGUGACCCUACAGAUGAACUGAAUCUUAUAAUCAUCUCUCAUGGGCUGACAUUGCGAGUCUUCCUCAUGAAGUGGUUCAAGUGGACAGUCGAGCAAUUCGAGCAACUGAACAAUCUUGGCAACUGCAAGUUCCGAGUCAUGCAGUUGGGAUCUGGUGGAGAAUACAGCCUGGCAAUCCAUCACACAGAGGAAGAGCUACUAGAAUGGGGCCUUUCUCCGGAGAUGAUAGCUGAACAAAAAUGGCGAGCUGGUGCCAACAGAAGUGAUUGGAAUGAAAAAUGCCCUUGGUAUCUCGACUCUUUCUUCGACCAAUUUGCUGACUCAGAUGACAGUGAAGAAGAUAAUAAAUGUGACAAAAAUAAUCACACAAUUCAGACACUCAAUUGAUUCUUUUGAGUAUGCACCAUUACCCCUCAGUUUGGUUGGAAUUCUUUUGACUUGAUCUGUACUUGAUUGCUGUGUAUAUUAACGUCUAAUGUUUAAUUACAGUAACUUCCCAAUAUCAUACAUGAAAGUUCUUAAAAUGGGAUUGGAUUAAAGUUAUCUUGAUAGAAGAAAGUUCUAUAUGUUUGCAGACUAUAUAGAAAUGUUAUAUACAGUGUCUUUGCUAUUUAAAGGUCUGUACUUCGCCUAUACUAAAGCAAAAAUCUGCACUGUUAGUCUAUUUAUUUACCGGGCGCAAAUUUAUUUCCAUGACCUUGGUCCCUUCAAGA